AGGACGCGGGGCUGAGCGGAGUCAACGCUCUCAGCUUCACCCAAAACCGAGAUAAAACCCAGAUAAAACUCACCAUGCCCGCCACGGACACGCUACUCUCACCACCUUUACACCAGGUCCGGCUCAGCCCAGCCUCCAGUUGAGUUUGAAACAUGGCAAACGUCAAAGUUGCUGUCCGGGUCCGUCCGCUCAACUCAAGGGAGAGUGCUGAAGGAGGGAGGCUAGCCGUUCAAGUGGAGGAAAAGUUUGCGAGGAUCCAAAAUGUGAAACUGGAUGGACGUACAGAGGGGACUGUAGAUUCCAGGGAGAAGCUCCUGGAGUUCUGCUUUGACUACUGCUACUGGUCCGUGGACCCUGCAGACCCUCAUUAUGCUUCGCAGGAGGAGGUGUUCCAGGACCUGGGUGUGUCGGUGCUGUCCGGAGCCUCCGAGGGCUACAAUGUGUGUCUGUUUGCUUAUGGCCAAACAGGAUCUGGAAAGACUUACACCAUGAUGGGAACACCGGACUCCAUCGGUUUGACCCCUCGCAUUUGCCAGGGUCUCUUCCGUGCUGAAGAUGCUUUUCCUGAUGGACAGAACUCCAGCCGGGUAGAAAUCAGCUUCUUGGAGAUCUACAACGAACGUGUGAGGGACCUGCUGCGAGGAGGAGAGCAGAAGAAGAGGUCGUCCCUGAGAGUCAGAGAGCAUCCUGAGAAAGGACCGUACGUCCAAGACCUGUCGCAGCACGUGGUCUCGGACUGCAAACAGGCCAUGGAUCUCCUGGAGGAAGGCAUUGCCAACCGCAUGACGGCAGCAACCCACAACCACGAUGCCAGCAGUAGAUCUCAUGCCAUCUUUACCAUUCAGUACACACAGGCAAUCCUAGAGAACAACCUUCCUUCAGAAACUGUCAGUAAGAUCAACCUGGUGGACUUGGCUGGAAGUGAAAGAGCAGACCCCAACUACUGCAGGGACAGACUGACAGAGGGCUCCAACAUCAACAAGUCGCUGGUCACUUUAGGCAUCGUCAUUUCUGCUCUUGCCCAGAACUCCCAGAUGUCAAGCAGCUGUCAGAGCAUCAACAGUGUGGCCUCUGAGGGGGACGGCAGCACGGUGGGUAGUCACAGCAGCUCCCUGUCUGGGGGGGGUGGAGGUGGCAGGAGGCACUGCUUCAUUCCCUACAGAGACUCAGUCCUGACCUGGCUCUUGAAAGACAGCCUGGGUGGCAACUCCAAGACCAUUAUGAUUGCAACGGUCUCACCCUCUGCUAACAGCUACAACGAGACCCUGAGCACCCUACGCUACGCUGCCCAUGCCAGGAACAUUGUCAACAAACCACGGGUUAAUGAGGAUGCACAUGUUCGUCUGAUCAGGGAACUGAGGGAGGAAAUCGAACGACUGAAGAGCAUGCUGCUCAGUUUCGAACUGCAACGUAAUCCCAGUCCUUCCCUGAGUGAUGAAAGGGAUGGCAGUCUUUCUGAAAUCGUGCUGCAGAACGAACUAAAGGUGGAACAGCUGACCAAGGACUGGUCAGAGAGCUGGAGGGACAAACAGGAGCUGCUGGAGCAGUACAGCAUGGACAUCAACAGAGACCGGGCCGGCUUCCUCAUCAACUCGCUCCAGCCACAUCUGGUUGCCCUGGACGGAGACGUUCUCAGCACGGGCGUCAUCUUUUAUCACCUCAGGGAGGGAGUUACGUACAUUGGACCUCAGGACCACAUUGAGGAACCCCAAAUAGUCCUGCAGGGCAGCGCCAGCUGUGAGAUUGAAAACCAUGGGGGUGUGGUAACGCUGAGGCCGCGGCCGGGCUGCAUCUGCCUGCUCAACGACAGAGAGGUCACCGAGCCCUGCAGACUGGCUCAAGGGACAGUGAUUACCUUGGGAGGGGUGCAUAAGUUCCGCUUCAACCACCCGGCAGAGGCAGCGGUCCUUCGGGAGCGCAGGCGGGCCAGUGAAGGCAACGUGGCUUGCACCUACGGGGACGUGUGCCCUGUCAGCAAUGACGGCAGUGUCAACGGAUUAAAGCUCCCACAAGAGCCGGGCGGCUGUCUCGCUCCCUCUGACGAGCCGGCAGCCAGGCAGCGUGUAGAGGAGCAGAAACGCUACGUGGAGAGUUUGAGACGGGAGAUUCAGGCUGAGCAGAGACGGGGAGAGAGGGACCUGGAGAGGGAGCAAGCCCACCUCCGACAGCAGCACAGUGAGAUCCAGCAGUGGAUUUUGCAGGAGAAACACCGGCUGAAGACUGUCGAGGGAAGAGCCACCCAGGAGUCUGGAGUUCAGGCGGACCUCUUCCCUGCUCCGCUUCUGGAGAAGCUAAUGGCUCAGGAGUUCAGGAGUCAAGGAGAUCUUACAGCAGAGACUCCCCCCCCAGAGGUCCGGGCCAGGAAGAAAGCAGCCCAGGAUGAGAUGCUGAAACAUCACGCGCUUUGCCGCGCCGAGAGCCGCAUCCGUCGGAAAAAGCUUCAGUACCAGCUGAAGAAAAUCGCCAAUAAGCAACAUUUAUUGGAUGCUAAGAGAGAAUUGCAACAGUUGGAGAAGAUUCUUCCUCCAGAGUCCCCUGAGCUGGGAUCCUCCUCAAAGCUCCAAGAACAAUCGCUUUCCACCCGCAGACACUCCUUUUCAGCUGAUCUUUUGUCCCGGCUCUACCCACAACACACACCUAUUUUUAGACACUUUCUCAAGAGAAACAAAUCCACAGAACAAACUUCAGAUUCAUCCACAACGUCUAAUUCCGUCGGGUGCAGAAAGUGGAUAUCAGAUGAGUGUCUCCCUCGGGAGAGAACCCAGAGUUGUUCCGGCUCUUUCUUCUCUGGACAUCACCAGUCCAGCCGGAAUAGAGGGAGCUCCCCGGAAAACAUCAAACAAACCGCCAAAGAGGAACCACAAUAUCAGUCGUGCCCCAGACAGCCAGAAAGAAAACCUCUGCUGCCAAACAGAGACUUGUCUUUCAAGAACAAAUUUGACCAGAAAACAUCAGCUGCGCUGAGAUCUCCCCUGAGAACCGCCUCGCUGCCAGUCAGCAAGGAAAAUACUCAACACGGCCCUGACAAGGGCUCGUUUGAGAAAAGCUCACACCACGCGGACAACAACGGACUUAAAACCAUCACCAAAUCCCUCUCUCUCUCUGUGGGGCCCAGGAUAAAAACAGCCCUGUCCAAAGUUUUCAGAAAACCCCCCUCAGGCGUAAAGGGAGGACGGAGCUUUAAGCCUCUCGGGAGGAUAGCGGGUAAAUUUCACUGGAGACAAAGAGGACACAAGAGCCUUAAAGAUACCAAAACGAGUCAAAACAAAGGUGUGAUUAAAGCCGCUGCCUCGUUUGAAGAGCUGGAUCAGCCGACUCCGUUUGACGGCGUCAGACAGAGACGGUGGCACAGCACCGGGGCUCUGGUGAGCAGGACCGGCGGACGGACAGGCAGGCAGCAGGAGCACGGAGACGGGGAUGAAGGAGCAUCCGACUGUGAGAGCCUUUUCUCCCUCGACUCUUUGUCCUCUGCUUACGCAACAGCCCUGGCGGAGCAGCUCAGGCAAGAGUUCCUGGCCCUCAGUGAAGCAGAGAGUGACGACAGUGAAAUGUCUAAAGAUUCAUUGACUUUUGAGAAGAAUGGCAAAUCCUCAACAGUGCAGAGACGUAGACAGACGGCGGUAGCAACCUACUCCCUGGUGGCAGAUUCUGCCCUCUCAUCCAUGCCAAACAUCGGGACAGCGGGGGGCCGUUUAGACUUGGACUGCACACAGAAACCACUCGUGACCCCGACAGAGGCCUACCGGAGCCAGCGAGCCCCCUCGCUGAAAAGACAAAUUGAUACAAUAAGGAAAUCUCCUUCUCAGGGCUCAUUAGUAGUGGAUUCCAGAGACACAGCUCAUGAUUUGAUCCAGGACUUUGGGAGCACACAGACCACUCCAGCCAGCAGCCCACGCUCUCUGAGCAGCUGCAGCGGGAGGGAGCCAGAACACAUGCUCACUGAUGCCUGGUCCUCCGCCGGCGUGGCCCAGAGCCCCAGGAUCAACGGGGAUUCUCCGCCUUCCCGUGAAGAGAGCAGCACCGCCAGUUUCUCAGACUCUCAGGGUGGAUUGAGAAGCUACAGCUCCACAUCCUCCUGCACGGACGGCGUAAGCCUAACAACGCAGGGACGCGGCUCUGAGGUUUCAAGGGACUCUCAGGCUCCUGUAGUAGCAGAAGAUGUCUUGAUGUCAGGUUGUUGUACAGAACCCACGUCAUUGAGCAAAGCUCCUGCAGAUACUCACGACUACAGCUCCACACAUCCAGCACCCGGGCCCUCUGCUGAUCAAGCCGCCCGCGUGUCACCGGCAGAGAUUCUCCAAACCACACGAGCAGCAUCGGCGUCUACAGCUGACAUCACGAUGUCCUCUGACACUGAAAUAAGUUCAUCUGGAGCAGAUUUCCCCACAGAUGGGGAAGUUUCGGAUGAGCUGCCGGAUGCAGGGAGUCACUUCCAAGAUUCCACUAAAGAGGAAGCGCCACAAAUCGGAGAAGAGCGGUUGAGGCACAUGCAGCGGUAUCAUUUUAGGAAUACUGAGGAUUUAUUUAUGUGGAAGGAAACCAGAGGCACUGAGCAGCCCAUUGCACUGCAGCAAGACGCUGUUAAACAGCCUGGCAAAGAUUCCAGGAAGAGGAACAAGGGCCAACAGGAAGCUGUUAUGAGCUGCCUGAAAAUACCAAAAAGGAGCAACAGCGGGGAGUCGCUCACUUUCCCCGACAGACCAGGUGACAACCUGGAUGUUAUUUGGCCUGACGACAAUAACAAAACCAGUGACACGGAAGGGGAGCAGUCUGCCCAUCACCCUGACAGCUGUGGGUUUGAUUCUGUUUGUGUUCCUGGCAGCCGUAGACGAGACGCAGCAGAUUCAGCCGACUCGCCGGUCUCCGGCGUCAAGAACAGGGAGCUUGAACCAAACGGGCCGAUCUUGAAGGACACUGGGUUUCUGCACGGGGACAGGCGUUCAGAGAAUGACACGGUUGUUGGAGAUAAUGAGGUGGUUGAAGAGGACGAUGCAUCACUGCAGGAGGUCGAGGAAACAGAAGCAGGACGAAGGAAAAAUUAUAAACAACCCAUUUGUAAAUCCGAUGCCAUUUGUAGUGCUAUUGAUCGGAGGAUCUCUGAGGUGGUGAAAGAGCACACAAAAGUGUCUCUUAUUGGCAGAAACGCUGCUCAGAGGAUUCAAAAUCUCAGUGCCCUGUCAUCGUCUCCGUGUCCUGUUAGUUUUAACAGCGAUGAACAAAUAUGGAUGGAAAGCCAGCUGACAGAUAAAAAGAGUAACGAUGUGAAAGCAGCAAUUAAUUUAUUUGAAAGUCCUUCAAAAGUCACAAGCAGCUGCACAUUAUUCACAGCUGGGUACUUGGCAUCCAAUAUAUCUGGUCCAUUGAGUGCGAGCGACGCAGGCGGCCGGCGUUGCUACAGUGAAAUUACACAAACCGUUAGCAAUAAUCACGAGGAGCCAGUUGAUGGUUGUCGUGCUUUUCAAAACACGUCAACCAAAACAACCGACAACCAGUCAAAUCUGAGCCUCGACUGGGACGGAGGACGUGAUUGUUCGUGCGGCCGGCCGGCACAACCAAGUGUAUCGUUCUCAGGAAGACAUUUAUUUCCAUCAAGAAACCCUUCUCAAGAAAACACUUCAGAGAAAACUGCUCAAGAAAUGAUUGAUGCGCAUGAACGCAAAGUAACAUCUCUCCUUAAUCUGACCGUUAAUGAUAUUUCCUCCCGAAGAAUGGACGGCCAGAGCGGUACCAGAGCCCCGGCUGUGAAUGCUGAGCUCAUCCCUCAUCUCUUAACUCUGCACCCGGGCUCAGAGGUCGUCCGCAUGGACCAGACGGCCAGUUGUCCUGAAAGGGACGGUUCUUCAUCCAAACACAGCUCACCAGAGACUAUGCCAAACCUGAACCUUUUUACCAACAGGGAAUUACACGAAGGAAGUGUAGAAACGGACUCAAAGGAAAGAAGCAAACCUUGCAAAAGUCAACAAAGGCGUUCAGAGCACCUCGCUCAAACGUACGUGAUCAAUAUGAAUUACAAAGAAACAAGUCAAAAUGUAUCAGCUGCACGGUGCAACGUUGAUAGACACUUUCCAACAAACAGAAGCGAAGCCUGCAUGAUGAAGAUUUGCCAGGAUCAAGCACCGUUGGAGACCAAAUCUAAAAGAACUGCACGUGUCGAAGAUCUGAAAACGUCACAAGUAAACAGCAGCAGAAAUGCAAGAUGUGUCGGCUCCGUCACGUCCAAAGAGACCGUGUUAAAGGUAGGUGAUCCUGAUCUUAUACCCACAUUAAACAAGACGAAACGGUUCAAAAAGCCUAAGAUCAUCAAAGCGUGUCCUGCUGCCUCCUCUGACUCGUCUCUCAAGUCAUCAGAUGAGGACGAAGAAGAUGAAAAAGUCACGAGAACUAAGUGGGUUAAGCUGAGCUCUGAGAGUCAUGGCGUGAAAGAAACCAGGCAGCGAAGAAAUAGCGACGCAGAAAAAUCUGUAUCCGCAUCCGCCACCGAAUCUGAGACAAGGACUUCUGAUGGGAAUUAUGGAAAACCUGACGUUAAGAUUCAAAUUCAUACAGAAGCAGCUUCGCGCAAGACAGAUGUGGAACAAAUCAGCCUGUCUGCAGAGAGAGCUGAAACACGAAAUGCACCCAAGUGCCAAGACUCCAUCAUUCACUUCACAUCCAGCGACAUCAACCCGUUUGCACGCCAGUGGCAAUGCUGCAGUUCAGCCCCAGACGGCCACAAGAACCCGGCGUUUGGAAGUGCCGCCGACCUCUCCUGCAAAUCUCCACUUCUAAACAGCUCGGAGAAACAGAUAACAAGGUGCUGCAGCGUCGACGACGGUCUGGACGGGCAGAACUCUCCGUUCAUCUCCCACCUGAGCACGUACGCCACCAACAAGGGGCUCUCUAGCACGCUCAGCAGCAUGGAGGCCUCUGCAGAGCUUCACCGCCGCCUCUCCGGCCUGACGUUAAACUGCAGCUCGUCAGGAAACCAAGGGCCUCCUGGUUUCUGCAACAGCUCCAGUCAGGUGGAUGAAAUCAUGUUUGUUUGUCCGUCUGAGCAAGAGUGUAAGCCGAGCAAAGCAAAGAGGACGUGUGAACACGGCGUUCAGACCGAGCGCUGGAGUCAGACGGUCAGUAAUUGCAGCAGCAGCAGCGUUCUGAGGAGGAAAGAGCGUCACAGGAGGAGCCACACGGACGUCCCUGUGAGCCAGAGAAGCAGAGUGGACAUCACAGACUCCCCUACGUGGGCCAGUAUGGAGAGCAUGUCAGCUCACCUGUCCAAGUUAAUUCACAGCACCUCAGACCUGCUGGGAGACGUCCAGGGACUGAGGACAGGCGAGGUCUGCAAACACAGUCCAAGGAGAAGUAUCGUCUUCUCAGAUCACAGCACAUCUCCCGCUGACAGCGCAGGGAGAGACCGCUCCACUCAAACGGCCUCAGAUGUUGCGAUCCAGACCGAAGAGCUCACGGCGCCGUCAGAAAGCAGAGGGAAAGAAAAGUCGAGCUCUCACGAAGUCAACGUGAUAGUGAAAGUAAUUGGUUCUGAAGUUGCCAGCGUCUCCCAAGACCAGAACACGCGGCGCGCGGUGAAAACUAACGCGGGUGAGAAGAUGCAGAGCAUGCCUGACCUGAGCUGCCACAUCGCCGCCGCCUGCCACUCACAAUCUGACCUUCUCACGUCACCUCGAGCAAAGACUGCAGCUGAUAGCCACCGGCGGGGCCGGUCGGCCUCAUCUCGAGUCUGGAAGCACAGCGCUGCCGAUGCAGCGGGCCACAGAGGAGCUGCGAUGUCUGAAAUCAACCCCGCGUCUUUAAAGAAGUGCUACGAGAGGAAGGGAAAGCACAUCUCUUCUUUAACAAACCAACUAUUAUCUUCCUCAAAGACACCGGCUUCUUACACAGACCGAGCCUCCUCUCCUAUUCUCACCGUGGGAACAAGAUUCUCCCACCGGCAAAGAAGAAAGCAGUCGACAAAAUAUAAGGAUGAAGAAACAAACCCUCCCUGUGAGGAUGAGAGCCUCGCCGUUCCUUCUGAUUCAGAUCUGAGUCCCAGACAGGACUGUCUGGGUUGUGGCGUCUCUUCGACUAAAUCGUCGCUUGAGAGAGUGAGUGAAAUGAAUUGCUCGGGUCCUGAAGACCUGGACAAGUGUUCUUCGACCUCUGCGUCAUCGCUGGGCGGUUACACCGAACCGGGAAGCCUGAACUACAAAGACAACCAACACGCCUCUCAAUGGCAGGCGACCCCCCAGCCGUGGACGACUUCCAGCUCUGUGAACGGGUCGGUUUCACAGACUCACAUUUCCCCCGCCUCAAAACUGACAGAUAAACAUAAACGUGUAUCCAACUUCCCUGAAGAUUUGGACAUCGAUUUGUACAAUGCGUUUCCCGUCAUGGACAAGGAGGACGACGUGGCGUCACUGGCGCCCAGCGACUGUAACACAGAAGUCCUGGUGAACACCGAACCGGCCGCCUGCGCGUUUCCCUCCCAAGAUCACCGGAGGGUCCCGGAGGACCUGCCCAUGCACAACAAGUUCACCAACUGGUCGGGCGUCCACCGUCGGAGCUCCAAGUGCUCCGAGAAACGGUCGGCGUUGCUACACGGCGACCACGGGAACUGCGGCGAGUGGGGCGAGACGGAGAGCGUCGGCUUGCACGCCGGAGCGAAGAGCGACAGAAGGGCGGAAGAGAUACUGAAGCUGCGGCAGGAGAGGGAGCAGGUGAUGGCGAGCGUCAGCCUCGGCGUGAACGCCACUCCUCUGACCGUGGAGCUGGCGGAGGCCAAGCUGCACUACGGGCUGGGAGAGAUGGACGCGCUGCUGAAGAUGCUGUCCCCGAGGGCCAGGGAGGAGCCGCCAGCGGCCUCCGCUCCCACCAAACAACAGCUGUACGACAGACACCGGCGGAGCAUCGAGGGGUUGAGGCAGGAAAGAGAGGAACGCCUCCGGACUUAUCGGAGGGCUCGCAGCCUGAGUCCCAGCAAACACGCCGCCUGCUUGCAUCCGGAGGCCAUUUCCUCUGCUGCCACCAACGUUCAGCGCAAGGACGGGAACGGCACCAGAUUAACGGAUGCCCUCAAAGGCGAGGGCCGAUAUCCCUCCGACAUCGAGCUGCUGCUGCGGGACUACAGCCGAGCCCGAGAAGAAGCCAAGACGGAGAUCGCUAGAGCGCGAGAGCGACUGCGAGAGAGGACGGAGCAGGAGAAGAGGAGGCUGCAGCAGCAGGCCAUAUCCCAGGAGAUCAAGCAGGAUGACCUGAAGCACCGGACAAGAAUCAGCAACAGCACCUUGUGCACAGGAUCCAGUCUGAGUCUGUCCUCCGGUCCCACGUCGGGCUACAACAGCGGCACCUCGGCUCCGCUGCCACAUGGCAACAGGCCGGUGUUAGACGGACAGAUUGCAGCGAUCCAGGACGACGGACAGAAGCUGAGGACGUGUCCUCCUACAUGUGGUCCUCAGAGUGUGAAGACACAGCGGGCCUGGCUGUCGGCUCAAGAUGUCCAGCUUGAGUUUCCUGCGAGCGGCUUUGAACCACUCAUGGCUUCGUCUCCAUCCCGCCCUGUAUGUGCACGCCAACGAACGGCCUCCUUCGGCUCCUCCUCUUCCCUAUCGUCAGCCUAUCAGGACAUCACGUCCAGUCUCCUCAGUAAAGCCUUGGCCGAGGUCCGACUAGCUUCAGCUGGGGAUUUAGGGAACCUGGUGGCGGGCAAAGCCUCGGCAGGUUGGAGGUACCAAGGGGAAGAGCGGGGAAUUCGGGCGUACUACAGGCCUUCAUCCAGCCCAUCUGUGCACAGUUUCCUGGGAGCCGGGGAGCUGGAAAGACCCUCGGACAGAUUGUGGGACGUAAUCCGCCAGUUGUCUAAGAGCCACAUGUACCAGCAGUCGGUCCGCUCUGUGUGGACGCGACCACUAGAUGACAGCACUCAGCUGGUUUACAUAUUAACGGAGCCGUCCAGCUGCCACCUGAGCCAGCCGCGGGACUUCUGCUGCAUCAGCACCGAGUCUAAACAGGGUGGCCUGAGCGUGCUGGCGGUGCAGUCCGUGUUCGAGGAGUCUCUGCCUCGGCCGAGUGUGGAUGCUGUCCGGGGGGAAUUGAUGCCUAGUUGCUGGAUCCUCCAACCAGUGAGGAGUUGGAGUGGACAGGAAAUCACCAGAGUCUUCUUCCUAUUACAGCUGGACCUCGGAACCCCGUCUUUUCCUCAACGACUCCUGAACACUGUUGCCAGGAGACAAGCAGCUGUCAUCGCUGAUCUCGACGCAUUCAUCGCUCAGUAAAUGGACAGAACAGCAGCGAUCAGCAGUCAUCAGCUAAUGAUCAGCUAAUGAUCAGCUAAUGAUCAGCAAGGAUCAGCUAAUGAUCAGCUAAUGAUCAGCUAAUGAUCAGCAAGGAUCAGCUAAUGAUCAGCUAAUGAUCACCAGUCGUCAACAGCAAUCAGCAAGGAUCAGCAGUCAUCAAAUAAUGAUCAGCAAGGAUCAACUAAUGAUCAGCAGCGAUCAGCUAAUGAUCAGCAGUGAUCAGCUAACUAUCGGCAGCGAUCAGCUAAUGAUCGGCAGCAAUCAGCUAAUGAUCAGCGGCGAUCAGCUAAUGAUCAGCAAGGAUCAGCUAAUGAUCAGCUAAUGAUCACCAGUCGUCAACAGCAAUCAGCAAGGAUCCGCAGUCAUCAAAUAAUGAUCAGCAAGGAUCAACUAAUGAUUGGCAGUGAUCAGCUAAUGAUCAGGAGCGAUCAGCUAAUGAUCAGCAGUGAUCAGCUAAUGAUCGGCAGCGAUCAGCUAAUGAUUGGCAGCAAUCAGCAGUGAGCACUUAAACUGAAGCGUCUCCAACUUGGAGUCAGUCUCUUGAAUUUGCACAUAAAUUUUAACUUGACAUUAUUAAUGUAAGAGCACUGUUACAUUUUAUAUCCAGCUUUUUAAGUAAGCUAUUUUCUUUUUUAUAAAAUGUCAAUAUUAUUUAUAUUUCUACAAGAAUGUUUAACAGUAUAAUUUGCCAAAGAUUCAUCAGAUGUCUUAGCUGCGGAUUUUUGUUUGUUGCAUUUAGAUUGAUACCAGUUUUAGGUAUAAAAGCGUCCGCCGUUGAAGAAUUAUCACAAUGUAGUGACCUUAUCGUUCCUACAGCACUGUUAGGUUGAAACUGAAAAGGUUAAUUUCAUUGAUGUCAUAUAUUCAGUACAUUGUUACUUUAUACCUAUUUAUAUACUUCCACGAGUUCCUAAACAGUUAAAAUAAAUAUUCAGAAACUGGACUGUAAUAAUUCUCAACUACAGUCAUGUUCAUACACUGUUUACUGCAGUUGGUGGAUUUUCUUCAGUCAAAACUGUCUACAAACGUAUUUAAGCUGUUUAUCAGAUGGCAGCAUCACAUCAAGGAAUAAGUAGAAGUAAACUAGAGCCCUUGAUGAAAAUAAAUGAAGGAAACAAAACUAUUGAGACAAAAAGAGAAAAAAACUCAAACAAACUAUUGGAUGUAAUGAGAAGUGAAGACAGGUGAACUUUGAACCAAAAGAUGUUGGCUGAUGUCGGCAAUUACCGACCAGCUCCGGUGGCGAAGCCUUCCCACCUCACGGUACCAGAACCCGCAAGUUCUUUGUGUCUCGGCUAUUUAAUCCAGUUCCUCCCGCAUGUUUUCGAUGCUGUUGAAUGUGUUUUUACGGGUGUGGGUGUCGUUUUUCCGCGUUUUCACUGUGAGCUUGUUUUUAUGUCCCAGUUCUUGAAGUUACAGAUGAACACAAAGUGACUGCUUUUGUUGUUUGUGGUGUGUGAGCUAUGCAGAAGCUGAUCAAAGUCCAGCCUCAGUCAAACCUGAGUCGCCCGCAUCUCCGUUUGAAGCCAUACUAUUAACCGCCGCGUGGCGUCCAAACGCAGACGAGGGAAAAACCAAAGAGAGACGGGUGAAGUGAAGCAGCACGUUCACAACCGUUUGUACUGAUUUAGUUGAUGUAUAGCCUCAUUUAUAUAUAUUUGUAAGUAUUUUAUUUCUUUUUGUAAAAGGUUGAUAUUUAUGUUUUGUAAAUGUAUUUUAUUACAAAUAUUAAAACUCCUGAUGCCGAUUAGCUGUUA